GGGUGCUGUGUUGGGGGCAGUGCGGCGGCGGGCGGCUAUGGAGCCGGGGGAGGAGGACGAGGAGGAGGAGCGGGUUCCUAAAAGCUCACUCCACAGCUUCACCUUGGAGCUCUGAAGGGCCUCUGAGGUCUCGCAGCCAAAUGGCAACCAGUGGUGGAUGUCACACUGCUUCUUGCAAGCAUUCCCUGGGAAGACUCACGUGUUGCUACAGGAUUCAGUCUUACCUGGAAAAUUAAUAGGAACUAAACGCACGGAAGCAGUCAUAUGAGUAGGUGUGACGUGGUAAAGGCAAGUCCAGCUUCAACAAACCCUAUUGCAACAACUCCGCCACGCCGCAGCUGGAGGGAGGAAUCCUUAAGCCAGAGCAGCAGUGAAACCCAGGUCUCUGCUGCCAGUGGGAUCUCCCUGGGAGAAGCAAUACGUCAGAAAACGGCUGCACACCAGGAAAUGGAAUCAUGGUAUCAGCUUCCAGCAGAAGUGGAUGCCAGCCGUUUAACUGCUGCCUCAGAGACAAAGCUUGAUAGAAAUGACCUGACAGAGUUCCCUACGCUGGAGGAAGGAGUGUUGUCUUCAGCAGAAACAUCGAGGAGGCAGUAUCCUGAAGACCCAGUGCAUGGCUUACUGCUGGAUAUUCAGGACAGUCAGUUGUCUCCCUGUCUUCCAUUGCUGACGUAUUCAACGCCAGGCCAAAGGAUUUUGGAUGAGACACUUUUCCAGCAAUCAGAAAGGGAUUUCAUUCAUCUGAGAGGAGUCCCUGAUGUUUCUGGUGCUUCUGAGCAGCAUUCAAAGCCUUUGCACAUCCCAGAAGCUGUGUGGCUGACAGAUGUUGAAACACCCUCUGAUGCCCCCAGUGAGUGCUGUACCUUGUCCCAGCAUCCUCUUUCAUUCAGGCAGGCAGAACCUUGUGAUGCCAGCUAUUUGUCUCAGCAAGCCUCUCAUUUUUCUGGACAACUACUUACGAACAAGGAGGCAAAUAAAGAGUGUAAAAAUGAUACUAAUGAGAAGGCAUCGAUCCCCCAGAUGGAUGACAAAGCAAACUCUGUUUCAAGGAUGUUGCUAAUCCAGGCAAAUAGAAUGAACCAAAUGGAAGCUUCACUUGCAAAGCAAACAGAUGCUACUUCUGUAGAAGACGGAUGUUUCACUUGCGAUAACAAUGUGCUGGCUCCAGUUCUUGAGGUUUCAGAGAAAGGAAAAGAGUUAUUGAGGCAUGAUGAGUUCUCGUCUUCUGAAAACUCCUCUUGUAAAACAGCCCUGACAAAGAACUCAGGAAGAAGUGGCAGAGAGAUGCAAAUGGAAAAGGUAACAAUGGCUGAGAGUGAGUCAGAAGGGUGCCUGAGACAUGUAGAGAGGCUGGAAAAAGAAAAAGUUCCUGAGCUUGGUUCUUCUAAUGUGUUAUCUGAUGAUUUGAAGAAAGACAACUGUGAAAACUCAGGUGCACAGGAUGUGUUUUUUGCAAAGACUUCAGAAAUAGCCAGAGAGUCCAAGGAGCACCGAGUGGAUUUGAAUGACUUCGGAAGCCUGAAGUUUGUAGCUGUUACUAGUGAACUCCAGGGAGCUUCUGUAGGUCAGGAGGAGAAGCAAAAUUUGAGAGAGGAGUUGAGCCCAAUUGUGCCAAGCACCAGUGAUAGUGCACCUAAACAACUAGUCAUGACUGACGUGGAAUCUCCUUCUUGCAGUGAGAAUGCCCAAGGAGAAGUAGAGCCCGGAGUUCGCAAGGCUGAAUUAACUAUUUCAGAUGCUUCCAUAGAAAGGGGACAUAAAGUUACAGACAUUUCCCCUUCACUUAAUCUCAUCGUAGAUGAUGUCUCGUUCUUUAGACACUUCUCUCAUCCAAGCUAUCAGUCUACUCCAGGGAUACUUUUAAACAAAAAUGUCAAGACAGAACUUGGUGCUCAUGUGGUCAAAUCGGAUGUUCAAGUCUCUCCUUUAUGCUUAAAUGAAGGCAAUUCUGGGAACUCACCUACCAGCACGCCUACAUCUGUUGAGAAGCAGCAUUCUCUCCAGUGUGCCCAGAAGGAAAACAGCGAACGCUUUGACUCCUUAAAUCUAAAGUAUCCUCACACUGGAAGAAUUCAGUCGCUCCCAUCACUUAAUUUCAUGGAGAAGGUGGGCACUUGGAAUAUGAGCCAGGCAGACAAUAUAUCUGAUGUGCUAGCUUCAUCUGACCAGAGUGUAAUUUUGCAUAGAAAGAAAGCCUACAGUGCAAUUGCCAGAUCUGCAAAUAGUAUUUUGUCAGUGCAAAGCAGCAGCAGAAACCCCAAAGAUUAUGUUGCUGCUCCUUCUGGAGAGACGCAUUCCCUGGAAAAUCUUCAUUUUCAUAAUAAAAUCUCAGAGCGUGUCCACCCUCUUAUUAGAUCUCGGUCUGACAACUCAGUGAACGUCACAAGCAAGAACAACUCCCAAAGUGACAUUCAGCCAGUUAAUCCAGAAGCAAUGCAGCCUUUAGGAGAAAGAAGUCAUGUUUCAGGAGUGCCUGAAAAUAGAUUAGGAGGCUCCUUGAUACACGAGCUUACAACUGAGAUUGCUUCUGGGUCUAUUGAUGAAGGUGCUGAAGGUAGCAGUGUGGGACAGAAUUCAGAUCCAAAUGCUUUCAUUUCUAGUGAAAGAGUUGCUCAGCUCCUUAGAGAGGAUGGAAACUCUCCAACCGAUGACCAGAAAAAUAGCUAUGGUCUUGAAAAUCAAAGAGUGCCUCAUCACCUAGAUAUUCCUACCGGUCAUGUCGGCAUGGACAGUGUUGGUGAUAUUUCCCCAGAUAGUCUGAAUCUUCCUGCUCAUUCUGGGGAAAGGAACCACGAGGGAUUGGGCUCCGCAGGGUGUUCUUCAGUAGUUGCCAGGCACUUCUUCACUGGUGCAGAAGGUGACAGCUUCAUCUCUUCUGGAGCAACCACUUCUUUGGAAACUCCAAAGAAAGAAGAACUUAAUAUUGAGGAAAGGAUCCCGAUCUACCUUCACAACCUUGGCAUUGACCAGUCACCUGGAACUAUACUGACUCCAUUUGUACCCCGAGGACCAAUUAGGGAAGUUGAAUUUUCCCCUUCAGACCUCAGAACGCUGAAGGACUCCACUGACACGAUGACAAGGACCAUUCAGCAGCCACAAGGUGAAUCACUGGCAGCAGUUGACAUUAUCCAAACCAGUUUCAACUCUGGCACUUCCACCGUCAGUAUUUCUAUUCCAAUGAAUUCAGAAACUGAUUCUGGUACUUUGUCACCCAGAGACCUCUCUCCCUGCUUCUCGAUACCUUUCGGAGAAAAACCCCUGAGUCAGUGCGUUAUGUCGUGCCACCAAGUGGAGGUAACUGCUCCUCUUUCCACACAACAGGAGACAAAAUGUUCAGCUCUCUCCAAACUAGCUGAGCCAACCAGUCUGCAGGCGCUGGCUUCACCUGAUUGCCUUUCUAACAGAGAGGGUCCCGUGCUCGUUGCAAAAAAUGUUCAGGAUCUGCUAGCUAAAAAGGAAUCGAAAGAUGGGAGCGGCAGCUCACAGAGGUGGACUGCCAGUUCUUUGGCUGGAGCUAAAGAUGAAAAGGAGAGAGGAUCACAAACUUCAAGUGCAGGUAGCGAGAAAAAUAAGAGUCAGGAAAGUGAUUCUCUGAUGGGAUCUGGUGCACUGCAAGAGAUACGUAAACUUUUGGCAGAAGCAGAGAACAUAGCUGGCAGCUGGCGUGACCCUGUCUUUUCCAGUGCAUCUUCUAGAGAAACUGGUGAGUCUUCCCCAGUGCUGAAUGAGAAGGAUAAUGGCACCAAGGAUUCCGAGUUAGUGAAAGGCAGCAUCCCUCAGUUUCAGAAGAUGGUGUCAUCAGCUGAGAGUAUGAACCGAAGAAGUAUCCAAGAGGAAGCAGUAAUAAAGCCUCUGGAUUCUUGCAAAGACAAUUUCAAAUGGGAACGUUCUUUCGAUGUCAGUUUGUGCAGUCGUGAAGAUGUGAUGGAGAUGACUGGAGAGUUCAGGACAGGAAAAUCUGUAGGAAGGUCUGAGCCAGAAGGCUGUAGCAGCGUAACUACAGACAGAAAUCAACCUGCUGUUGUGACUUUUGCUCGAAGCAACGCGAGUAGUGAACUCAGCACUGAAAGACCUUCAGAGUUGGGGAAUCCUUCUCCAUCAGAGCCUCUAGGAAGUGUCACCAGUGUCCCAGGAAGCUUCCGGAACAAGUUAUCUAAAGCUAAUGUAGCUGUAAGCACGGCAGAAGGCAUGCGAGAAAGCAGUGGCAGUAGCAGUGGAGAUUCAUUAGCUGCCCGUGUCAAAAGCCUUCUGGGGAAUCCUUCUUUGAUGCCUCGGGGCAGCUCUGCUGAUAUCUCAGGAGGCUUCCAGAGCAUGUUGUCAAAAACAAGUGCAGCUGAAAGCAAAGCAAGAGGUCUGCAAGAGAGCGAUGGCAGAAGCAGUGGGGAUUCAGUAACUGCUCGUGUCAAAAGCCUUCUGGGGAGUCCUUCUUCAGAGACUCUAAGCAACACCACUGGUGUCCCAGGAGGCUUCCAGAGCGUGUUGUCAAAAACAAGUGCAGCUGGAAGCAAGGCAGGAGGCGUGCAAGAGAGUGAUGCAAGUAGCAGUGGAGACUCUCUAGCUGCCCGUGUCCAAAGCCUUCUGAGAAAUGGAUCCCCUCUAAUGCCUGCAACGCAAAUUCUGAAGAGUGCAGAUGAAGAGGAGAGGAAAGCACGAGCAUGGGUGAAACUAAAGCUGUCCAGCCGAUCUCAGGAAGCUGCGUCGGACUUGAAUGAAGAGGACCGACAAAGGAUAGAGGAAAUAAAGGCAGAACUGCUUCUGAGUGCCAAGAAAUCUGGACGAGCCAAGGGUACACGGAGUUACAGUUCGGAAGCUGCUUCUGCGUAUAGCUGUAACCAGGAACAGGACAAAGAGCAUUUCAAAGCUUCAGGUGACAGAAGAUUUCAUUCUGACAGCCAAACACAAGCCUUCAGGACUAAGGAGCUUUUAGAGCCAAGCUUCCAACACAUUGUGCCAUCGUGUAGAGCUGAACCUUCGGAUCGUUGUCUACUGAAAGAUACCCAGCUUCAAUCCUUAAGUGCUGCUGAAACACUUGCCUGCAGCCAACAUCAGGCUGUUGCAAGUAGCUGUUCUGACCGUGUUGCUGGCCUUCAUCCGCCACUGCAGAGGGAACGGAUGAGCUUUGCAGCUGCCUCUGAUGCACAAACAGAAAAAGUCCCUUCACCAGCACAGAGGAAGCUGUCUUUUCCCAAGUGUUCUGAAGAGAUGUCUAAGCAAAUCACAUCCAUCACCUUUUCAUCCCGAAAGCGUUUUCAGUCACCGCUGACUUCCGUGGUACUCGAUGGCAUUUUUAGUGGAGAUGAUCUUGAUGAGAUAGUGCCUUUGGAGAUAGAUUCAGCUACUGCUGAGGAACAGAGCCAUGGCAAACAGCAUUGGGAAAGAUCUGAGACCUGUCCUCCUCCAAGUCCGGCUCUCGCUGGCUCACGAUCUAAUGAGAUUGCAUUUACUGCUGACAAAGACAGGUUUCAUGAUGUCUCUGCUGACAGUAACAGAGCUGAAGCUUAUCAAGAAACAGACUGUUUGUCAGAUCGGGAGUCUGGAACCGUCUAUGCUGAUGAGAGACAGACCCCUAGUGCAAAAAAUCUCGACGUUCCGUCUCAAGAUGUGACUGAAUUGGGCAGGCAUAGUGCCAGACUCCUGGGGUGUGACUCCAAUAGGAGAUCCAGUCAAGGUACGGAGGGGCUUCAUGAACCCCAUUCUAUCAAUUCUUAUCAGCAGGAGAAAAGCAGCCCUACUGGCCACGUCCAAUUGUUAGAAAGCUUAGAAGGUUCUGAUCCAGCCAUGCAGACUGAUUUGCCCAAGGACCACGGUAAGCUGUUGGAAGAGAAAUGUCCUUCUGAUGCAAUGCCUCUCAUUCAGAAAGAAGUUUCUGGAGAGCAAAUUGGUUUGUCUCAGCAUUCAUCUCCAGAUGAGAUUUUAUCCACUGUAUCUCCAUCAUCACCAGUUAAGAAAGUACUGUCUUGCGUCCAUAUAACUCUUUCCCCAAAAUGUAACAACUCAGAGCUGCGUAGGGACUUGAAUACUGAAAAUGAGAUGACACUGGGGGAUAAACUUGAAGUUAAUUCUCAACCAGUGCCUUUAAAAACUCCAGAAACUUUAUCAGAAGCUGUUCCUAAAUUACUCACUGCUGACCUAAUUCCAGAAGAUCGGAGUUGCUCAUCUUCCACAGUGCCUUCAGCAGACCCCUGCCCAGUGUCUUCUUCUGUUCCAAGCACAGCAGGGCAAGAGCUGCCUUUGCAUGGCAGUGAGAAACUGCAGGCCAUGAGUUCAGGGGGUUGUAGUCUGAAGAAUAUCUGCAGCUGCAUAGUUCCUGCAAAAACUAGGAAAAGCACUUCUGAUGCUACCACUCAGAUAACAACAGAAAGCCCUGGAAAAACAACCUUUUCAGCAGAGAUCUAUGUUAAUUCACAAGACAGUGAAAGUUCUACCCACCAAUCUUCUCUCCAGAAAGCAAAAGAACUUCCCCACAAUACAACUUCAUCUCUUAACAGAACAACUUCUUUCCCAAGGCAGGGUGCAGGUCAGCCAUUACUGCUGCCGUAUAAACCUUCUGGAAGUGCCGGGAUGUAUUAUGUUCCCUAUCUAAAAGCAGGAGCCAGAAUUUCUGCACUUGGAUCAGAAACCAGUGGAUCAAAUGAUGCACUUGCCUCAGGGCUUCCAGCAAAUGUGCUUGGUGUACAGGGUGGUAAGCCUCCAGACAGAACAGCUGUCAAGCAUAAAGAAGGAGUCUACAAUAAGAGGGCCAAGCCCAAGCUUGCCUGGGCUGAAGAGCAAAUGAUAGCACAGGAGGGUGUCCCAGAAGGCACUCAGCAUUUAAAGUCGGUGAAAACCACUCACUCGGUCUUCAAGUCUGCACAGUUCUACCUCCAUCAUCCAGUGCCCAUGUGCGAGAACUACCUCUUGUCCAACAGUGAGCUCUCGGAGGACUGUUCUGCUGUGGGACACACUAGAACUUCCUCAAGUGCUGUCGUCCAGAAUCGGAAGAAGGCUCAUCGACAUAGACACGUUCUCUCUGCCCACCAUAAGAAAGAUGGUGAACAUGAAUUCUUCCCGCUCACUGCAGAAGCAGAUUAUAGCAAGAAUGAGGAUCUAAAUGUUUCGUUAUUCAACGAUGUACCAACAUCAGAGGAGGAGACGCUUCAACGGGGUGGAGGAGAAGCAGAACAAAGGGCAGCUCGUAGCCAAACCAGCCACCUUCGUGAGAAUGUGGAGAAGGACCUGCCCCUGAGACAGAGAACGCACUCUGCUGGCAGCUUAGAUGAGCUCUGGGUUAAGUUUUUGGAGCGCCAGAAGAGGAACCAGCAGCAUGAUUGUCGGCGUAACGGUGAGCUGAGCCUUGUGGAACGCCUCGAUCGGUUGGCCAGGCUCCUUCAGAACCCCAUUAAGUAUACACUGAUAGCAGCAAAGUCAGAAAGGAAUGCUUCUGAAAAAACAAGUGAGGUAAAAGAGCAGGAGGAAAUAAGACUGCCGGAGAAGAGCAUGUGUGAAAGUACCUUGGAGCCUCAUGCAGUAGGUGUGAAAGAGAGACCACGUAUCAACCGCCAUGAAAGAAGCUUUGUUGAGCUUAGGAAAAAUAGGUCAGGAGAGAAAGCUACCUGCCACACAAAUGGAAUUUCAGAGCGCCAGCGGUAUUUGGAAACUUCUAGUGACACUUCCUCAGAGAGAAGGCUCAGUAAAGAUCUUUGCACCACAAUCAGUUCCACCAUCUCAGAAUCAGAUGUGGUAACCCAAACAGACAUAGAAACUACAACUCAGACUGAGGCGAGCAGUUCCGUUUCCACCAUCGACACUGCCAGACUGGUCAGGGCUUUUGGGCACGAAAGGGUGCAGGUGUCACCAAGACUCUCUCAGCUUUAUUGUACCAUCCGGCAGCAGAAAAGCAGAUCUGAAAAGUGGGACGAGGAAAGCAGUGGAGCGAGGGGUGUAGAACAUCCAAAGGUUGCUUCUGAGAGACACAGGAAACCGAAAGAGACCAAGAAGGCAGUCUUUCUUUCGUUGGAUCCAACUUCAACAAGCAGCGGUUCCUGGGGACCAAGCUCAGCUCUCAGUAACAAGCGACGCGCGCGGAUGUUAAACAAAGGUAUCCAAGCAGGAGACUUGGAGAUUGUGAACAGCGCAACGAAGAAAAACACUCGAGAUGUUGGUGUGACUUUUCCUACCCCAAGAUCUGUCCAGCCAAAUCAACGGCUGCGGGAUCCCUGGCAUCGUGUCGAUGGUAUUUUUGGAGAGUCAGAUGGUAUGGUCACAGAUCACCAGGCAGCAGGAAGCAAGGGGAUUUCGUGGUUUGUCCAAGCAGAGGAUUUGAAGUUUGAAUCUAGGAAAGAAAACUGUUCCAAUUCCAUUCCUGGUCCCGGUCCAUCUUGGUUUGAGCCCUUGACUAGCACAAAGCCCUGGAGAGAGCCUCUGAGAGAGAAGAACUUUCAAGAGCAGCAGUGCAGCAAGGUGACUCAGCCUGCAGUUCUACAAAGAGAUGCUGAGACCAGGCCCACUCGGCCAUUUGUGAAGCUUACGCUGCAGGAGGCUCUUGCCGUGCGUCGCCCUGAUUUCAUCUCCCGCUCUGGCGAGCGCGUGAAGCACCUGAAGCUGGUAAUGGAGGAGAGGAGAAUACAGAGCGUGCUGCAGGCCGAACGGGAAGAGCUUUUCAAUCCUCCAGAGAAAAGGAAGGGCUACAGGAAUGCAAGUCACGUGCUGUCUGACAGAGGUUAUCUGAUGAAAGAAAAGAGAAGAGCAAUUCCAAAGAGUGAAAUGGUUCAAAGAUCUAAACGGAUCUAUGAGCAGCUGCCAGAGGUGCAGAAGAAGCGAGAGGAAGCAAAAAGAAAAUCCGAGUACAACUCAUACCGCCUGAAAGCACAGCUGUACAAAAUGAAAAUCACCAACCGCGUCUUAGGGAGGAAGGUACCCUGGAACUGAUAAGGAUCUCCUCUUCAAAUAAAGGCAUGCUGUGCCUAGCAAACUUGCAGAGAGAUCGAUGUGAAAGAGAUAAGGCAGCAAAUACUGUGCAACGAACGCUUCGUGGAAUUCAAUUACAUCUUUUUGUACUAAUACAAUCUUGCCAUAUUUAUAAGAUACAAAAAGGGUCAAUGAUUUGAUGCAAAUGAUGGGCUUUUAAAUACAUGCUGGCUGUAUGUAGUGGUGUUGUGCACAGUAAAUAUAGUUUUUGGGAAGUACUUGGCUCAUAUAAUAUAUUUAUAAUUACGUGUUUGAAAUAGCAAUUUUAUAUUUCAAAUAGUUUUUAUCAGGGAUUGAUUUUUAUUUUUUUUAAUUUCCUAUCUCGAUGUAGAAAACUUACUUUGUACUGGAAAAAAAAAAACAACCCAAACCGUAAAUAAAUAACAAAACAAUUUGCAGCAA